GUAGGUGCGACAAAUAACUAAUUUUCGAAAUUGUAAACUAAUUAUCGUCUUGUAUAUUAUUUAUUAUAUUAAAAGUCCUGUGAUUAAACAGAAUGAAUUGUUUCAGUCGGAUAUUGUAAGUAGCGUUAACGUGGCUCAACGGAACAAUUAAUCGACCUCAAGCUGGUCAAGACGAAUUAAUUGCUCACUUCUCGAUUAUCUUUGUCAGCUAGGGUGCAUCUGCGAAAGAUACUCUUUCAUUGUUGCUUUGUUUUUUACAGGCACCACGACAUCAACUUCAAGCAGCUCAACUAGCUCAAGCAGCUCGACGACAACAAGUACAUCAUCAACAACAAGCUCGACAACUUCGACAUCAACAUCAACGAGCUCGACAUCUGCAACAAGUACGUAUGUUCAAUCAGUUAUAA